AUGGAACAAAUGAGAGCUGAUCGUGAGGAGCGGGAGAGACGGGAGCAACACCUUGCUGACGAGCGCGCUCAUCAGCGUCAAGUCGAGAUGGAACUGCUCAGACAGGAGCGGAAGGAAAGGGAGCGCCGAGAGGAAGCUAGAGAUGCUCGCCGAACUGAAAUUGAGAAUCACCGUCGUGCGGAGGAUAGGAUUCGUCAAGAAGCAACCGAACGUUUGCGCCAAGCUGAAGAGCGUCGUCGACAAGAGGCUAUCGCUGCUCAAGAAAAACCAAAAGAAACAUGUCGGCUUAUG